CUGCUGAAGGGGUCCCCAGGCUGGGGGUGGGAAGGCGCGGAGGCAGGCGCGCGGCGGACAGGCCUGAAGGGGGCGUGUCCGCGCGGGCCUUGUAGCCUCCCGCCCUGCCAGAGGAGAGGUCACGAAGAGAAGCCGCCGCUGCCGCCGCCGCUAACACUGCGAAGUCUGAGCCCUGGUCUGCAGCUAUGGCCUACUGUCGGCAGGAAGGUAGGGACGGGAAGGAUCGAAUCAUAUUUGUGACCAAAGAAGACCAUGAAACUCCAAGCAGUGCAGAGCUGGUGGCUGACGACCCCAACGAUCCUUACGAGGAGCAUGGAUUGAUCCUGCCAAAUGGAGACAUUAACUGGAACUGCCCGUGCCUUGGGGGAAUGGCUAGUGGCCCCUGUGGGGAACAAUUCAAGUCAGCCUUUUCCUGCUUCCACUAUAGCACGGAGGAAGUCAAGGGAUCAGACUGUGUAAACCAGUUCCGGGCCAUGCAGGAAUGCAUGCAGAAGUACCCAGAUCUUUAUCCCCAGGACGAGGAGGAGGAGGAGGAGAAGGAGGAGGAGAAGAAGCCAGCAGACCCUUUAGAAGAAACAGCUCCCACCGAGGUCACUGCAGCCAAAGAGGAGGCGGGAUCAAGCUAAUGAAGGCCACGCUGCAGCCCUGGGCCCCAGGCCUUCCACCUCAGAGUGAUACGAACCUUUUGCAAAAUGCCUUUCAGUCAUUCUCCAAGAAAGCGUCUUUUUCUCUAUUGUUCUGUGCACUGUAAUACAAAAUAACUUAUUUUGAUGAUCAGGGGUCUUGGCCUCUUGACAUAUACACUGAAAAAAAAAAUGGGGUUAUAUAUAUAUAUAUAUGUUUGUCUCACAUAAUUUUAUCUGUGAAUGUAGCUGUCACUUUUGAAUUCUCAGAUAACCUCAAAUUUUGCCACUUUGAAAUAAUGUGCUGAAUAUUCUCAGCAACCAAAAAUCCUUAUCUAGGAGUGUCUCUUAUGAGUGAGCUGAUUUAUUCUGAUUCAUUAUCCCCCUUUUAGUAGAUUGUAUACCAGUUCGGCAAAUGAAAUAGAAACAGAAACAUCUUCCUUUAAAAAUGCUGGAGUGGGGCCAUUCCUCAUACAAGAAACCAGAUAAUCAGAUACUUAUUUCUCAGAAACCAUCUUGACCUUGAAUAUAUGAGGAGGGUACUAUGUUUCGUUUCUGAUACAUUUUGGUUUCCAUUUUUACAUUGAGCUCUAGGUGUUUCUUUUUAGAAGGUGGAGCUUUGGACCCUCCAAUUCACAGUUCUUUUCUAAACGAAGAAAAAACUGGUUUUCGCUGUUCUUAUUCCAAAAGCGCUGGUUCAGGGCUUGUGGUCACACUGGCUCUCUCUCAGCCUGUUCAGAUGCAAUAUUCUUGAGAGGUGGGGACCUACUUGUUACCAAAGUAGCAACCAAGAAGAAAAUGUGAAUUAAGUGGUCAAUUAAAAGAAAA